AUGCCCGUGAAGUGGACUCCUGAGAAUGACCAGCUGCUCCUCCUCAAAAUCCUAGAGACACACGAUCUCUCCGUCGACACCAAGAAAGUAGCUGAAGCAUGGCCCGCCACCGACGCAAAAUAUAAACCCACCCCCCGUGCCAUAACCGAGCGACUCGUGCGCAUGCGCCAGACUGCUCGCGCAUCCUCAAAAAAUGCCGGCCGCUUCGCUAUCAAAAGCGCCCCGGCCACCCCCAAGAAACCGCGCAACAAUGCCAUGUCCACUCCGGCUUCCAACAAGACCAAAGCCCCGGACUCGAACAAACGCGCACACUCGCAGAAGGCUGACAUCGACAACGGCACCGAGGACGAGGACAUGGCUGACGCCGAGACCCCGACUAAGGCGAGCAAGAGGGUGAAAAUGGAGCCCGAGGCCAAAGCUAUUGAGCUUGAGCUUGCGGAACUGGACGGUGUUUAUGUUCCUGUUCCUGCUAAGCGGAUUAGGAAGAGUAGUGAGUUGCCGUUGGGGAUGGUGGAGUAUGAUGGGGAUAAGUGGGAGGAGGAUGAGACUGUUUAUGAUAGUUCUGCGUCGGAGUUUGUGCCGGAGGAUGGCGUUAAGCGGGAGGAUGAUAGCUAG